AUGUGUAAUAUUGGUUACCAACCAUCUUCAGAUUCUACAGAAUGUCUCAAAGUUGUCGAACUUUAUCGCUCCUGCGCUGAUAAGAAUAAUACUCGAUGUCGGGGCCCAUUAGCCUAUUGCGAUUCGAUUUCCAAAACCUGCCAUUGUAAAGACGGCUACAUCCCGGCCAGAGACAAUAUUAGGUGCAAAAAAGCGCCCAAGUAUAAUUUGUCCUACGCCAUGUUAGGCGAAGAUUGUGACAUUGAUGUGAUUUGCCAGGACGGUAAUCAACAGGUGUGCAGUUUGGACACUUCGAAAUGCACCUGUCGAGAAGGGCUGAAGCCGGCAUCAACUAUUGAUUUAAAUGCCGAACCUUUUGUCUUUGAUGAAUGCCGACCGGCUGAUUUUAAUCUAGGGGUCGUAAUCACCGGCCCCUGGGAUGGGCUGAAAGCAGCCAAUCACAGCCUCUUUUUUUCCCGUGUCACCGACGAGUCAACACGGACAAAUUUAGCUCCGUAA